ACCAAUCUUUUUAUUCAAAUUCGUAUCGCGUUGGAUGCAAAUUCCACAAGAUGGGAAUGCAUUAAAUACGAUGAACGUUUGAACCAUGUUGCUGUGAGAUACUCUGCGGCCGGGAUGCUCCAAGUGAGACUCGAUGUAACAUCAAAAUGCAGAGGGAAGAGCCCGAAUUCCAUGAUGAGCAGCCGCGCGUAACUCGUUCAUCUUCUCGCAUAACUGAUAGCAAUGUAGAAAAUGCUUUGCAAUGUACAAUAAUUAGACUGACAGCCCCGUCGAGAUAAAGGUGUAACGUACACCAAGGGGACGCGAUGGCAUCGCGGACAAGAAAGCGGUGGUGUGCGAACGGUGGUGUUUUAGUGCGACUGACGCUGACCCUUUCGGGUUUGUGUGCGGGUCAGUGCACGAAUAUUGGCCUGAUGACAAUGAUGACAACAACGACGACGAGGGCAUCGACGAUGGAAACGGGAACGAUGACGAUGACGGCUGGUGGCUCCAGGGAAUGCAUUGGAGUGGGUGUACGGACGAUGCAGUCUAAGAGUGAAGUAAAGCUAGCGGUGAUCGCGCCGGGUGAUCCUCACCACGAGCAGAGUCUGCAGAGGGUGUUACCCGCGGUAUUGCUAGCUGUGAAAUACGUCAGCUCACCCAGGGGACCUUUACCGGGAUGGAACAUCAAGGUGGACUAUCGCGACUCGUACUGCUCCAGCACUUACGGGCCCUUGGCCGCGUUCGACUUUUACAUCAACCAGACAGCAGACGCUUUCCUGGGCCCCGUGUGCGAUUACGUGAUCGCGCCCGUGGCAAGGUACGCGGGUGUGUGGGGUAUACCCGUACUGACAGCGGGUGCACAGGCGGAAGCAUUCCGUCAUAAAGGCCAGCAUUAUCCGACGUUAACCAGGAUGAUGGGCUCUCAUCGUUUGGUGGGUGAGGCGCUCAGACAUAUUCUACGCAGUUUUGGAUGGAAAAUCUGCGGUUUACUGUUUCACAAUCACGAGAUGGCCAGCAGUAAAGGCAAUUCCGAGUGUCAUUUCACACUGAGCGCCGUAUAUACGGCGCUCAAUCAAACGCCGGCGCAUAAGAGCUUCAACCAGGAGACAGCCGACACCGAUGAAUACAAGAAUUUGCUCAGUUUGAUCGCCAAAUCCGCACGGAUUAUAGUGAUGUGCGCUAAUUCAACGACCAUUCGGGAAAUAUUGCUAGCUGCCGAGGAGCUCGGGAUGGUAGACUCAGGGGAAUAUGUGUUCUUCUCGAUAGAGCUCUCCUCUAGCGAUAAUGAUUCCAAGGAGCCAUGGAGAGUCGAUGGUGACACAGACGAGAGGAACAAGAAGGCUCGAAAGGCUUAUCAGGCCUUAUUGACGGUGACGGCGCGCACUCCAGACAAUCUAGAGUAUCUGAAUUUUUCGCGUGAAGUUAAAUCCCUGGCUCAGAGCAAAUAUAACUUCAUUUUCGGUAACAGCUCAGUCUCAACCUUCGUAACGGCGUUUUACGAUGCUGUGUUGCUUUACGCUCUCGCCCUUAAAGAGAGUCUGCCAGAGAAGCCGGGUGAGGUCAACCUAGACGGCGGUAAUUUGACGCGGAGAAUGUGGGGGAAAAGUUUCAAGGGAAUAACUGGUGAUGUAAAUAUUGAUGAAAAUGGCGAUAGAAUUGCGGAUUAUUCUCUGCUAGACAUGGACCCGGAAACUUCCAGAUUCGAAAUUGUAGCCAAUUAUUACGGUGCGAAUAAAACAUUGGAAUAUAUCCCUGGGAAACAAAUUCACUGGGCUGGUGGUCGUUUAGAACCACCCCCGGAUACACCUACGUGCGGAUUCGACGGAUCAUUAUGUCCUGAUAAUUCUCUUCCGGGAUACGCUAUUCUCUCUAUGGUAUUGAGCUCCAUCGUGGUCGUCCUCGUCGUCGGUUCAGUAUUUAUUUAUCGGCGUUUCAAACUGGAAGCGGAAAUUGCCUCCAUGACAUGGAAAGUGCAUUGGGACGACUUAAUCGUGAUACCUAACGCGAAGACAAGAGGCUCUAUGUACUCCCUAAUCGCGAAUAAGUUUCGCGGUAGUGAACUGACGAUAUAUUCUGAAGAUAAUGCAAGUCUGCCAGAUGGUGUUGAUCGAAAUGUAUAUGUUCCAACGGGAUUUUAUAAGAACUCGAAAGUCGCAAUAAAACUCAUACCGAGGAAUAAAGUGGAGAUUUCAAGACCCUUGUUGCUGGAGCUAAAGCGGAUGAAGGAUCUCCAGCAUGAUCAUCUUGUACGAUUUUACGGUGCCUGUCUCGAGCCGCCGCAUUGUUGUCUCCUAACCGAAUACUGCCCCAAAGGAUCUCUCCAGGAUAUACUAGAGAACGAGCAGAUAAAGCUCGAUCGCGUGUUCAGAGGAUCCCUGAUACAUGAUAUCGUGCGUGGUAUGGCGUAUCUCCAUGCAUCGGAAGUGAAGAGUCACGGUAACCUCAAGUCUUCAAACUGCGUUGUUGAUUCACGAUUCGUCCUGAAAAUCGCCGACUUCGGCUUGCACGAGUUGAGAAGAAGUGCAGAUGUGGAUUCAGAUGGCGAUAAGAACAGUUACGCCUACUGGAGGAAACAGCUUUGGACAGCUCCGGAAUUGCUGAGGAUGGAGAGACAACUGCCCGAAGGCACUCAGAAAGGCGACGUGUACAGCUUUGCUAUAAUCGUUCACGAGAUCGUGAUGCGCCAAGGGCCAUUCUACUUGGGAGACAAUAACGAACUCUCUCCAAAGGAAAUAAUAGAAGGUAUUAGAAGAGGUGGUGGUUCACCCUUAAGGCCUGUAAUAGACGCCGCUUCCGUUGAAGAAGAGGUAGCUACUCUAAUGAGACGAUGUUGGGCGCAAGAGGCCGCGGACCGACCGGAUUUUCCUGCGCUGAAGCAGACGAUUCGUAAAAUUAAUAAAGACUAUGAGAGCAGCAAUAUCCUGGACAAUUUAUUAUCCCGCAUGGAGCAGUACGCCACGAAUUUAGAAACGCUGGUAGAAGAACGUACGGCUGACUAUCUCGAGGAGAAACGUAAAUGCGAGGAACUUCUUUACCAGUUAUUACCAAAAUCAGUGGCGUCGCAGUUGAUCCUCGGGCAAAGCGUGAUCGCCGAGACAUAUGAUCAAGUGACAAUUUACUUUAGCGACAUCGUAGGCUUCACGAGUCUGUCUGCCGAGAGCACGCCUCUGCAGGUGGUCGAUCUGCUGAACGACCUCUACACGUGUUUCGAUUCCAUUAUCGAGAACUUCGACGUUUACAAGGUGGAAACAAUAGGGGAUGCUUACAUGGUCGUAUCAGGAUUACCAGUGAGAAACGGAAUGAAUCACGCUAGAGAAAUUGCGAGGAUGAGUUUAGCCCUCAGGGAUACGGUAAUGACAUUCAGUAUUCGCCAUAGACCAACCGAGCAAUUAAAACUUCGUAUUGGCAUGCAUUCUGGACCAUGCGUGGCUGGUGUAGUAGGUCUUAAAAUGCCUAGAUACUGCCUGUUCGGCGAUACGGUCAACACAGCAUCCAGGAUGGAGAGUAACGGUGAAGCUUUGAAGAUUCAUGUCAGUCCAAAGACGAAGGAAAUCCUAGAUACAUUUGGCACAUUCGAACUCGUCUGCAGAGGAGAAGUUAUAUUGAAGGGUAAAGGUCCGAUGACUACUUAUUGGUUGAUGGGCGAAAAACCGACAAAUAACAAUGUGCAACAGGCAAAUCCCACAACGACCGUCGGCCAAAUAUCGAUUCUUCAGGAUCAGCCUCCUAUCACCACGCAAAUUCAAACGACGCAGACGAAGCAACAGGAGCAGCGGGCGCUCUCGUCCGUCAACCAGCAAAACAAAUUUCAGGGUCAAUCGGACCAGCCGUACCCGACUCAGCAAUCGAUUCAGUCGAGGAGUCAGGAGCCACGACAGCAGGGACAUCCGGGUCAGCAGAGACCGCAGGAAUUGCAGCACCAGGGUUUAAUGGCCACCCAAUCGCGAUGCCAAGCGGUUCAGACCAAUCCGUCGUCGACCAUGAACCAGAUUCAGGGUCAAAGGUCCGCAACGGUUAAUCCUGCUUGCGUAACUGAAAACGGCGCGCCCAAAUCGGUGGUCGCAUCGCGUACCGUCGCCAUGACGCCGAGCAACUCCUCGCCGUCCCGCAAUCGCACGAGUGGACCGCCGAGCGCAAACAACUCCAUGCACCAGGUAUAUCCGACGGCCGAGAGCAUGCCCAAUCACACUGAGAGCGGUCCCAAUGCGCCGCUCCUGUUACCUGCUGGCGCGGUCCCCAGAGUCUAGUUCCCCUAAGAUGUGCUUUCUUGGCGAUGUUUAUCUUGCCA